GCGCGGAAAGUACCCGUACGAUGCGGGUUUGGCGUUGACGGCGAUGGACCAGCGCGUCGCCGCGUACCUGCGCGACCCGACGUCGUUCGCCAAGGAGAAGGAGUCGCGGCCGAGCAAGAGGAGCCGCCGCGAUGCCCCUGCCGUGUCGCGCCAAUCGGCCGGCCCACAUGAUCAUGCACCUUUCGCCAGUGGACCGAGCCGGCCGAGCGUGCGCGGCCCAGCGGUGCCAACAGAGGGUUGGGAGGGGCGAGGGUGCCUCAGCGGUGCGGGGAGAGGUGCGGCCAGGCGCCUCCUGCGCACGAGAGGUCGAAACUCCUUGUCGUGACUCUUGCUUGACGCGGGGAGAACGGAUGUCGAGAAGCUUGGGAGAUGGGAGCUGGGAGGUUAUGUACUGUCAAGGCGGGUCGGACUAGGGGUCGGAUCCGCAGCAGCGCGCUCGCGCAGCAAACGUCAGUCGAAGAUGCGUCGCCGUUGUUUAUGUGGUACCCAGGGUGUCUGUGAGUCGCACACAGACGCACGUCUCUGUGGGGGGACUUUUUCUUUUUUCCAAAGCCCGGGACACGCCC